UGAAUAUAAUAGAUAGAUAGAAAGAGAAGGUAUAUAGGAACGUAGCAGGAGGUAAAACGCCGCGCACAGUAGCGUCGAAAUCGAAAUAACGCGAUAAUGAGGCGAUCGAGGCGCGACGACGUGGCCGAUUUGGUCUAUCGAGAAAGUUGCGAUCGUCGAUGGUGAAUCUUAGCUCCUCCUUCGUCGAGAGGAGGACGAAUUUACGUAACGAAGCGAACGGAAGAGGAGAGUUCAAAGAAGAGGAGGGCACCAUGUAUCGUGGCUGGAUAUUAUGCUAAUCGCGUUACGGUCAGAAUGCGGGAGGAAGAACUCGAGUUAUCGCUCAAGGUGGUGAUAGUUGGUAAUGGCGCUGUGGGAAAAUCUUCAAUGAUUCAGAGGUUCUGUAAGGGUACUUACACGAGGGAUUAUAAGAAGACUAUUGGCGUUGAUUUUCUCGAGCGAGAAAUAGAGGUAGAUGGCGAAGACGUGAGAUUGAUGCUAUGGGACACAGCGGGUCAGGAAGAGUUCGACGCCAUAACGGCGGCUUAUUAUCGCGGUGCACAUGCUUGCGUACUUGCUUAUUCUGCUACCGAUAGAAAUUCUUUCGAUGCUAUUCCUUCGUGGAAAUUAAAGGUAGAAAAUGAAUGCGGCGAAAUACCGACGGUACUCGUACAGAACAAAAUGGAUUUGGUCGAUCAAUGCGUCAUUGGUUUGGACGAAGCUGAGAGGCUUGGCCGUGCUCUUGGAUGUAAACUCUUGCGAACAUCCGUGAAGGAAGACGUCGGUGUUAUGAGCGUAUUCCGACAUUUAGCUUCGCGAUGUUUGCACGAGAUGCGUAGGAACGAUAACGAUUAUCAGGACGAUUUAAGGUUGUAUUCUACUGGACCAAGAUCUCCUUCCGUUAUAAGUGCCUUUAGUCCAAACGGAUCAACCUGUUGUCGUAACAGCGGAAACGGGACGAUUGUUUUAAGGUCAGGAGGUAAAACGAGGAAUCACAAAAAAAAGAAUUUCGUAAAGAGCGCCUGCAGAUUACUCUAAUCAAAGAAAUAUUAAUCUAGUAAAGCACCUAGCAAGUUGAUCGAUUUAGAGUGGCAACGUGCAACAUAGUGUUUAUAUGUAACUUAUCGAUUAUGUCUAAGUCUUUGUAGUAGCUCCUCUCUGUCUUUAUUUUUUAAAGAAAAAUUCCGUCCAGUGCGAGUUACGAAGAAUUUGAUGUUCGUGCGUGUGCGUGUGCGUUCGUGCGUGUGUGUAUGUGUAAACACUCGUUUACAAAAAAAAAAAAGAAAAAUCAAGAGAGAGAGAGAGAGAGAGAGAAAAUUAGGAAAAAAAUAUGUACGAUGAUGAAAAUUUAAUUGUGGAAGACAAUGUAUGGUACGAACUUAUUUGUAAAUAAUUUUUAAUUUGCAUAUGAAAAGACGAGAAUUUCGUAGAAAUAUUUUUACGAUUUUUCACGUAUGAUUUAUAUAAUUAAUUUCCUUUUUAACAAUCGAUGGGUUAAUAGUUAAUACGUCGGAACAUAUCGAAACGAUAUAAAUUCAGGUAAAAUAGUUAGACAUAUACGUAUAAAUGAUUAUAGAGCGAAUAUUUAUUGCAGUUUUAUAAAUCGAAUGUUAUAUUUAUAUAUUCAAUUCUUUUUUUGAAAAAUUUUCUUUUUUUUUUUCUUUUUCAUUCCGGAAACUUUUCAAAUCGAAUUACAUAUUUUUACUUUAUAUAUAUAUAUAUAUAUAUAUAUAUAUAUAUACACAUAUAUAUAUAUGUAUAUAUAUAUAUGUAUAUAUACACAUAAUAUAUGUAUUUAAUACGUUUUGUAUAUAUAUUUUUACCAUUUUUUUUUAGCGCAAAUUCGACAUUAUAUACUUUCUUGUUAAUAUUGUCGAACGAACGUUUAGAAUAGACCAAAACUAAAUAUAUAUUGCAGACACCUAUUUAUACAUAGCCCGUAUAAGGGAAGAUUGUUUGACGAAUCAAAAUGUUAAACUUUAUGAUAAGUAUUUGUUAAUGUAUGGGAGUAGGAAAAAAAUAAAUUGAGUCGGCUAUUUUCA